AGUCCGGCCACGUCGACCGGAACCUGAGGCGGACGCUGUGACGCCAUCAGCGCGCGGCGUGUGUUUACAGUUCAGCUGUUGUCAGUCUGGACGUGAAGAAAGUUUUAAAUUAACGGAGUCACCGACGGUUUUUACACGGCUUCCACACAUGAUGAGUUGUGAUGAAGAAACCAAAGCUGGCUGUGGUCUUCCUCGUAGUGAGUUGUGUCCUCGUCUACCUCAUGUACGUCAAUCGUCACUACGGCCUGUCAAAGCUGGCCAUCCCCCGUCUACGUCCUCACGUCUCUGAUGCUGGGUGGAGCUUCCAGUAUGGCGUCAUGUUUGACGCCGGGAGCACUGGGACAAGAAUCCACAUCUUCAAGUUCCAGGUUGAUGACAGAGAAACUCCCAAACUGUCUCAUGAGACAUUCAAGGCCAUCAAACCUGGACUGUCUGCAUAUGCUGAUGAUCCAGAGAAGUGCACGUCGGGGAUUGAGGAGCUGCUGGAAGUGGCCAGGUCCAGCAUCCCACCCUCUGUUUGGAAUGUGACCCCGGUGGUCCUGAAGGCCACGGCCGGGCUCCGCCUCCUUCCCGGAGACAAGGCCAAGCAGCUACUGGACAAGGUGAGGGUGCUUUUUCACCAGUCACCGUUUGUAUCCAGAGACGACGGCGUGUCCAUCAUGGACGGCACUGACGAAGGGAUUUCUGCGUGGAUCACCAUCAACUUCCUCACAGGUGGUCUUCACAGUGCUCACUCGCCCACAGUGGGGAUGUUGGAUUUGGGCGGUGGCUCAACUCAGAUCACCUUCAGCCCUCAGGAUGAGAAAACCAUCCAGACCUCGCCGAUCGACUACAUCAGGUCCUUCCAGAUGUUCAACAGAACACACACCGUCUACACUCACAGUUAUCUGGGUCUGGGUCUGAUGUCAGCUCGAUUUGCCAUCUUAGGAGGUGUCGACGGUUCACCAUUAGGGGGCAGCACUGAGCUGGUCAGCCCCUGCCUGGCUCCAGAGUACUCGGGCAGUUGGGAACACGCUGACGUCGUCUACACUGUGAAAGGACAAAAGGAAGGGGAGCAGGUUUACGAGGCGUGCCUCAACAAAGUGGAGAAGGUCGUUUACAAGAAGGUGAUGAAGGCGUCAGAGGCUGCGGACAUGGACUUCUACGCUUUCUCCUACUACUACGACCGCGCUGUGGACCUGCACAUGAUCGAUGAAAAAAAAGGUGGAGUCAUCAAAGUGAGCGAUUACAUCGAUGCAGCUAAAUCAGUGUGCAGCGCUGAGUCCGUCAGUCCACAGCAGGACCCGUUCUUGUGUCUGGACCUGGUCUACAUCACAGUCCUGCUGCAGGAGCUCGGGUUCCCUCCACACAAACAACUGAAGGUAAGAACCACAUACACCAGAACCUGGACC